CAUCAAAAGGCGUUUAUGGGUGAAAGUGAGAGGCAGCUCCGAGGCUCCUCCUCCCCGCGGGGCGGGCCGGGGGCAGCUCGGGGCUCGGUCCGACCGGAGCCUCUCCAUGCUGGUGUUGUAUGGAAGCUGUCUGGACGGGAAGCCUACACAGAGAGCUGCAGCAUGGGACCAGUGAGGAUGCCGCCGCCGCGCUACCAGAACGGGGACACGGUGAUGGGCCGCUGGCCGGGCAGCAACCUCUUCUACGAGGUCAAGGUGCUGAGCUACGGCGCCCGGGAGCAGCUCUACACCGUCAUCUACAAGGACGGCACGGAGCUGGAGCUCAGCGAGCAGGACAUCAAGAAUGCGACCGGGUUCCGGCAGCGCUCCCGGUCGAGGUCCCGCUCCCCGUCCCGGCGCCGGAGCCGCUCGCGCUCCCCGGGCCGGACCACCCGCCGCUCCUCCUCGCGGACCGCCGCCGCCGUGGCAACCGCCAACAUCACGGAGAGCGCCCCCCCCACCUCCUCGUCCGCCUCCAGGCGGUCGGAGAGGGUGAAGGAGGUGCUGGAAGUCCGCCUCACGCCCGUGCAGGUUGCUAGGACCGAGGAGAAAAACGGCAGCAACCAUGAGAAGAGUGAACACAACGAUACCAACCAGAAGGCGGAGCUCAAGGCGGAGCCGGAGAAGAGCCAGAGCCGCUACAACCUCCGGCGCCGCAAGGACGACCCGGCCGUGGAGCCCGCCCCCCCGGAGGAGGAGCCGGAGGCGGAGCAGACGGAGGCUGAGCAGACGGAGGCUCCGCCCCCCGCGGGCAGCCCCCCGCUGGACUUUGGAGGCCGGAUAGGGGCCUACCUGUGGCUGCUGUUCCUGCCGUCCUGGGUUCUGUUUGUGGUGCUGCAGGUGAACCUGGAGGACCCCAGCCUGAUCCACUUCCCCCCGCCGCUGCCCCCGCUGGAGGCCUUCUGGGACCCCCAGGCCCUGGUCCUGGUCCUGCUCUGGGUCCUCUUCCAGGCCCUGCUCUACCUGCUGCCCGUCGGCAAGCUGAGUGAGGGCAUGCCUCUGCGAUCUGGAGAGAGACUGAAGUACAGAACCAACGGGUUCUUUGCCAUCGUGGUGAGCGGCGUUGCCGUGGCGGCGGCCGUCCACCAGGGCGCGGACCUGUCCUACAUCCACUCCCACUUCCUGCAGCUGGCCGCCGCUUCCUUCCUGCUCUCCCUGCUGCUCAGCGUCUACCUGUACGCCCGCUCCCGCCACGCCCCCACCCCGGAGCGCGCCCUGGGGGGCAACUCGGGGAGCCUGAUGUACGACUUCUUCAAGGGCCGCGAGCUGAACCCCCGCAUCGGGACCUUUGACCUCAAGUUCUUCUGUGAGAUGCGCCCCGGGCUGAUUGGCUGGUGUGUGAUCAACGCCUCCCUGGCCGUGGCUGAGAUGCGGCUCCAGGGUCUGAGCUCUCCCUCUCCCGCCAUGCUGCUGGUCAACGCCUUCCAGCUGCUCUACGUGGUGGACGGCCUCUGGAACGAGGAGGCCAUCCUGACCACCAUGGACCUGAUGCACGACGGCUUCGGCUUCAUGCUGGCCUUCGGGGACCUGGUGUGGGUGCCCUUCACCUACAGCCUGCAGGCCUACUACCUGGUGGAGCACCCCCACGGCCUGGGCCCCCCCGCCCUGCUGGCCAUCCUCACCCUCAAACUCCUGGGCUUCUACAUCUUCAGGCAGUCCAACUCCCAGAAGAACUCCUUCAGGAGGAACCCGGCUGCCGCCUCCCUCGCCAACAUGAAGAGCAUCCCCACGGCAACGGGGAAGAGUCUGCUGGUGUCCGGGUGGUGGGGGGUGGUGAGACACCCCAACUACCUGGGAGACCUGAUCAUGGCCCUGGCCUGGUCCCUCCCUUGUGGUUUCGGCCACCUGUUGCCGUGGUACUACAUGAUCUACUUCGUCAUCCUGCUGGUCCAUCGCGACGCCCGCGACACGUCCGACUGCCGCAGGAAGUACGGCUCGGCCUGGGACGACUACUGCCGGGCCGUGCCCUACCGCAUCAUCCCCGGGGUCUACUAGACCGACCCCUGACCCCUGACCCCGCCCCCGGCUGGCUCCAGAGACCUGGUCCUAAACCUAUCAGAGCAGAGACACGCCUCCACCUGAUUGGCCCAUGGACUAUUUGGAAUAUUGUUCAUUUUUGCUAGAAGUUGUUUUUAAAGUUUGCUACGCUUGAAUCUCUGGAACAGGCCACUGCGUUGAUUGUUAGGGUGUAUAUUUUGUAUAUAGCCGUUUUAAUUCACCAAUUGGAACUGAGCCCAUCUCUCAGAGUCCGAUUCAGGACCCAAGGUUUCUGAGAGGUGGAACAAUGGCGCUUUUACUUUGAAGAGAGUCCUGGUAUAUUGCUUUUAUUGUGAAAAGAGUCCUGGUGUCGUGUAUUUGGAGGGCAGAGCUACAGUAUUAACUUCUUCUCAGGAUCAACUGCCUUCCUACCCAGGAACUCGUGAAGGUUCAACGUUCACAUCUUUAUGGGUAAUUCUUUAGUCUUAAUUUUAGAGUGACCAACAUUGUGUUGGUUUUUGAUUUAGAGAAAUGCACUAUUGUGAAAAGAAACGCGUUUUGUUUUCUUGGUGAAAUCCAUUCAUUGUAUCGUUUCCUCUGGGCUGCGCUACCUCAGACGGCCUGCGUGGGGCGCUGUUGCGUAGCGCACAAUCACCCUCAUUUAACCUUUCCCCGUGUCGGCGCUUCCCAGUAUUUCUACGGCUUCCAAACAUGACCAACGCUAUUUUUUCAGGACUUACGAUUGGAAAUGUUUGCUUAUUUUUACUGGCAAAAAGGUGAUUUAUGAGCUUUAAAUCGAUGUAGUCUGGUAUGACGGCUUCAACACAGCCGCCUCGAACCACCGCCUCCCGGAUGGACGGAGUGGCGCUCCCUCGUGACUGAAUGCAAUGUACAUAUGCUUUUUAAAUCAUGCAGUAGGUAUGUUUCUCAGUAGAUAUUUAAAGUUGCUUUUGUAUUUUAGCUUUAAAGUUAAUUUUAUAAUAAAAACAACACCAAA